AUGACGUUUGGUACUGAUCUCAAGGACCAAAUACCUUCUAUUCUUGACUAUGUUGGAGAAGGCAUAUCCUCUCUUCAACAGUUUCGUAGCUUUAUUAAAGACAAGAGUAGUAUUGAACGAGAAUAUGCUCAGAAACUCGAGAGUUUAACAAAGAAAUAUAAGCCUGGUAAAAAAUCGGCCAACACGAAUAUGGAUGCUCAAGACGACUGGGAUUGGGAAGAUACUUCUAGUACGACUGCCUCUGCUUGGUGCCAAUUACUAAACCAGACUUCGAUGGUUGCCAAGACAAGACUUCGAUUGGUAGAUGAUUUAAAUGUUCAAGUAGCAGAAUCGCUUCGACUAGCAGCAGUACGAAAAGAAGAAGCUAAGAAAAAAAAAGACAAGGCCAAGCAAUUGUAUGAUGAUGCUUGUGCAGAAAUUGAAAACUUGAAAGCCAAGACAAAUAAAUCCAGCGGGGACCGAGAAAAGCAUCAAAGACAAUUAGAUGCAGCAUUGAUUGAUUGUGAUAAUAAAAAAAAUCUGUAUUUAUUAGCCAUUAGUGUAGCCAAUGCAGAAAGAGCAAAAUAUUUCGAAGAAGAUAUGCCUGUUUUAGCAGAUGUGAACCCCCUCAUUGAUGCAAGUGUAUUUACUCGAAAUGCAUUGAAUACAGAAGAUGUAAAUGAAAAAGCAGCUAAUGUGGCAUUCAGUUUUAUGCCUUGGAACGGUGGUGCAAAUGCAGCAGACACAAUCAUUGACAGAGAUGAUAGUUUAGUAGCCAGUGAUUCAGCCAUUAUUUUCUUGAAUAACAAACUCGUCAAGAAUCGUAAGCAGUUGAAUACACUGGGUGAUGAUUUAUCAAAGAAAUCGUCUGAAUUGAGUCAACUAAACCUAGCAGACAACAAAGCAUCACCUGAUUAUGACAAAUCAAAAGAAAAAAUGAUGGAGUUGGAAAGAGAAAUUACACUCUUGUCUACACAAAAAGUGCGAGUUAAGAGUGAACUGGACUUGAUUAUACAGAAUAUUGGUGAUGAUGGAUUAAGAGCACAAAAUCAUGACUUCAAGUCAUCUUCUUUCACUAUUCCAACGACGUGUGAUUUCUGUAACAGCACUAUAUGGGGACUAUCCAACAAGGGACUGACUUGUAAAGCUUGUGGCUUUAAUUGUCAUACAAAAUGUGAAAUGAAAGUAGCACCUAAUUGUAGCAAAGUGAAGGGUCAAUUGAAUCCUCAGCCUACACCUUCUUCUUUUGUUUCUUCAUCCAUAAGAACAAGGAGUAUCAACAAUGACUCUUCCUUUAGUACUGAAUCAUUCUCUUCUACAUCUCCACCUCCGCCUAUUUCUGCUCCACCUACUUCUAUCCCAUCUAUGUCUGCUCCACCUACUUCUAUCCCGCCUACGUCUGCUAUGCCAGAUAUACGAUCUCUUUAUGAUUAUGAUGCACAAAAUGAAGACGAAUUAAGCAUAAAAGAAGGUGAUUUAUUAUCAACCAUUGACCCCGAUGAUGGCUCAGGAUGGAUCAAGGCACAACUAGGAAACACUGUCGGCCUUAUUCCUGCCACUUAUGUGGAACAAUUAACAGAAAACAAUCAUCAAAAACAAGCUCAAGAAGCAGUGGUUGUUCUUUAUGAUUUUGAAGCUGUUAAUGUAGAAGAACUAAAUAUGCAUGAAGGCGAUAUCAUCUAUGUGACAAAGAAAGAUGAUAGUGGAUGGUGGGAAGGUAUCUUGAAUGGACAAAAGGGUAUCUUUCCUUCAAACUACGUUCAGCCGAAAUAA